UCCCGACCUUUUUCCGGUACGUCAUAGCAGCUUUGGCAAGCAUUAGGAAUAACCAGCUUAGGACGAUGGGUGCCGGUUUUGUUCGCAAGCUUAUGUUUGCGCUGUUCUUGUGUUCAGCAUUUGUAGCACCAUGUGCCGAGUCCCGCCAGCUGCGUUUUGUUUCUCUGCUGUAUCGCCAUGGUGAUCGUUCUCCAAUCAAAAGCUUUCCUACUGACCCCCAUCAGGAAAGUGCUUGGCCACAAGGUUUUGGACAACUUACACAGGAGGGGAUGAGACAGCACUUUGAACUUGGACAGACCCUGAGGAAGCGCUACCAGGGGUUUCUGAGUGAGCAGUACCAGCGUCAGGAGAUCUUCGUUCGCAGCACGGAUUAUGAUCGGACCCUGAUGAGCGCCGAAGCCAAUCUGGCAGGGCUGUUUCCACCCAAUGGAAGCCAAGUGUUUAAUUCCAAUAUCAGCUGGCAGCCCAUUCCAGUACACACAGUCCAGGAAUCGGAGGACAGGCUUCUGAGCUUUCCGUUGCCUAACUGCCCCCGAUAUGACCUUCUUAUAAAUGAGACUGAAAAAACAGAAGAGUAUGUGAACCUGACCACAAACAACAAGAAAUUCCUGGAGAUGGUGGCAAAUAAAACUGGCUUGAAUGAUGUAUCUCUUGAGUCAGUCUGGAGUGUCCAUGACACGCUUUUUUGUGAGCAAGUCCAUGGCAUGAAAAUGCCAGAUUGGGUCACAACAGAGGUGAUGCAGAAGCUGAAAAUACUUAAGGAUUUCAGUUUUUCUUUUAUGUUUGGGAUUUACAAGAGAGAAGAAAAAGCACGGCUGCAAGGAGGUGUUCUCCUUGGACAUAUUUUAAAAAAUAUCAGUGAAGCUGCUAAUGCAUCAGCCUCUGAUGCCCUAAAGAUGAUCAUGUACUCGGCGCAUGACACCACUGUAGUGGCUUUGCAGAUGGCACUGGAUGUUUACAAUGGCAAGCAGGCUCCGUAUGCUUCUUGCCAUAUCUUUGAGCUAUAUAAAGAGGACAAUGGAACUUUCACUGUUGCCAUGUAUUACCGGAAUGAGUCGGACCACGAGCCAUACCCUUUGAAACUACCCAACUGUGUCCAGUUCUGCCCUCUACAAGAUUUUAUUCAUCUGACCAAAUCAGUUAUUCCCAUGGACCAAGAAAAGGAAUGUCAGCUGUCCAGCAGUCUGCAGGACACAGAGGUAAUUGUGGGUCUGACAGUGUGUGGCUGCCUGCUGUUUCUCCUCAUUCUGUUGCUACUGACAAUUCUCUGCCGUCAGAAAUCGAACCCGAAUGGGUAUCGGCAUGUGCUGAGUGACAGCGAGGACCAUUCCUGACAAUCACUUGCACUGCUUGGAAAAGCAGAACUUUCCGACAGUGACGGAGACCUCUGACUCCCUAGAUGUCUUGGACAUAAAUGUGGUUACGGAGACCUGGAGGAUUUAUUUUCCACCUUCCAUUCUAGAAGUGCACUUUGCCUCGUUUGACUCUUCACUCAGGUGUGAAAUCUUGCACAAGUCUGAGUAACUUUAGCAUCCUGCAGAAAAUGGUGUGGGGAUGAAGUACCUAGUAUGAAAUAUAUAUGGCAGAAAACCAAGACAACCACCUUCCUGUGUAAAUUACUUUUUUAUGCAGUACAUUUGUACCAGGGUACAUUUUAGAGUUUAUAUAUUAAGAAAUGUCAUUUCUUUUAAUAAAAUCAUUGUUUUGCCUUUAAAGAGCUUAUUCGCAAAAGUGAUAUUUUGCUUUUAAAAAUACCCCUAGAUGGGUAAAGAAUAAUCCUGCCUAACCCAGCCUCAGUUAGUCUUACCAGUGACAAUCUACGAACUCUCGACAUUCAAGGCCAAUACAAUUUUGAAUUAAAUUCCUAGGACCAAUAUGCAUCUUAAGAAAUGUCAUAGGUUUGUUAUAUUGUGUUAAAGUAACUGGUUUAACUAUUUUCAAGCCAGGACAGUCCUAACCCCAAUUCACUAGCCUGACCCCAGUUUGUCUAUAGACGUGUGGUGUUAUUUUAUGAAAUAUCAGGAUAGCUUCAGGCUGGGGGCCUCUACCAAUUCCAUACAAUACAUCUGAGGUUUGUUUAUUCCUUUAAAAUGUUUUUCAUGAGUAUAUUCCCUAGUGGUAAACACUGAAACUCGCCUUAUUUCCCCCCCAUCACUCUGCUACAAAUCAAACCAUGGAUAUACAUGUGUUCCAUCUAUGCCUUAAACUAGCUUCUUUUUAUUUUUACAAAAAUAAUACAUAUAUAUGUUCAUAAAAAACAGACAAAACCCCUGGAAACUUAGAUGUUUAGGCUCAAUACAUGAGUACAUAUAAAAAAUAAUUUAAUUUCUAAUUAGAGACGCUUCCCUUUUGGCAUAUUCAUAUGAUCUUUGGUUUUAGUCUUGCUGUUAGUCCCGGCUGUCGUCAUGCGCCUGGCCAGCUCAGCACUUCUAGCUUCACUUUGACGAUGCCUUCUCGGAGUGACGUUACUUCCCAAGCCUUGGUUCUGCAUUGCUGUCAGGAGAGUUUCUUGUUUACCUGCCACCACAUCUUCAUGGCUCCAGAUCAGGAUAUUAAAUCCUGUAAGAGAAACGAGUGGGGAUUCUAGUUGACCCAUAGAACUGGCCUGCCAGUAUAAGCCCCCUGAAGCACCAUGACUGGGUUAGAACUGCUUUAAUUAAAGGCUUGGUGACGUGUAAUGUUGUCAUACAUUUGAUAUUAAAGAAUAAUCAGGGCAAGUCUGUUAGUGUUUUAGAAAAAAGGUGAUCAGAAUAGCCUUCACCUACAGGACAAUGAAUUACUAAAAAGGUUAAAUGAUUUUCUCUACACUUGUAUAUCCUUUGCUACUAUCACUUACCCAUUCCAGAGGCCAGAGUGUCUCCUAAUGGAUUAAAUUUGUUUAGCUGAAAAAAAAAUAAAA